CUCUCUCUCUCCUUCCCUACUGCUGGAAUGGUGACUGACGAAGGAGGCAUACACAUACUCUCAUGCGCACACAUAUUUAUUAUACAGCUCCACUGUUUUACUAUACUUUCAAAACAUUGUCAAGUGUCGGUGUCUUGAGAAGAAAACACUAAGACAGGGUAGAAGAGGACAGUGGGUGACAGCGAAAGAGAUUCCUUAGUGAGGGAGAGAGAGGCGACUUAAAACAAGUAUAGAUAAAACGGGUGGGUUACAGAGGGGUUAGGUGAAUAGUUUCACCCCUUACUUCUACCCGUAAGUCCUUUUCAUCACUAACUUUUUCAGUUCUUAAAGAGCAUGCAACAAGUUUUUAGUUUACAUUUCGGAUAUCCGUUUUUCUGCAACUACUUUGGAUGAACCCCAGAAUUACUUAAUGUUUGUUUGAGCGAAAUACAUUUGAUAUAUUAUCAUAUACACACUCAUUCACAUAUUUCUGGCUGUUUGGAAUUAUUUUUUACUCGUGUUAUUUAGAAAGUUUAAUCUCAUUCUAACUAGUGUCUCUGUAUUUAUCUCUCACCCUCUCAUUUUCUCUGUACCCUUCUUUGGCCCAUAUUCGGAAGGCGAUGUUUUAGGAAUGCCAUCCCGUCAUGACGAAAUAUCGUCCCGAUGACGACGAAUUCCGUCGUUUAGUUCAAUUGAUAACUCAAUGGAAUGAUGACCAUUAUGACAUUUUUGAGAUUGCUCAACCCAACGAGAACCUCGAGUUCCAUGGGGUUAUGCGAUUCUUCUUUCAAGAUGCUGGCGCCAAGGUUGCAACUAAAUGCAUCCGGGUGUCCAGCACUGCAACUGCCAAAGAGGUAAUUGAUGUCCUUAUAGAAAAAUUCCGUCCGGAUAUGCGAAUGUUGACGCAGAGCAAUUAUAAUCUGUAUGAAGUUCACCCAAAUUUAGAUGAGAGGAAACUGGCUGAGAAUGAGUUACCACUGGUAAUCCAACUGAACUGGGGCACUGAUAUGAGAGAUGGACGUUUCUUACUGAAAUGUGAAAAUGCAAUAACUGCAAAGGAUGAGUUUUUUGAGAUAGAAAGGGAUGUUGGAGGGUUCAAGAGAAAACUGUCGAAACGGGAGAAAAAAGAGAAAAAGAAAAGAGAGAAGGAGAGAUUAAGAAACAAAGAGAAUCUGGAGAAAGAUGCCACCCUUGCAGAGAAACUUUACACAGAUGUGCCAGAAAACAGUUUUACUCGGAGUAUCUCUAACCCCGAGGCUGUUAUGCGAAGACGACGCCAACAGAAAGUAGAAAAACGCCUACAGGAGUUCCGUAAUGAAGAAGGAGGUUCAGAAUCUGGUGGCAUGCUGAAGGUUUAUGGGGAAGCUCUGAGCCCUAAUAUUCCUUACAAGACACUCUUGGUCUCUGCAACAGAUACGGCCAGUUUUGUGGUUGAAGAAACCUUGGAAAAGUAUGGAUAUCCUAAAGAGGAGGCUUAUAAAUAUUGCUUAGUCCAAGUAACUGUUCCAAAAGGAGAUCGAGAAUACCAUGGUGGGUCAUUUGGUGAAGAAAGUUUUGUCCAGGAUGAUGAUUACCCAUUGUCGAUUUUACUCCAGCAUGUCUCAAAAAAUGAAACCAUCAUUUUCCAAUUACGACUGAGACCACAAGAUGACAGAAAGAAAGAACGCAUUCGUGCCGUGUCGCACAAUGACUUGCGCCAUCGUGAUCAUUCUCCAGAGUCAUCUCAGUACCAGUUGCCAUACCUUGUUGAAAUUCAUCCUGGAAUGGAUGAAAUGGAUGGUAGACGUCACCAUUUGCAGCUGAAUGUUACUGAAGUUGGCAGUGAGAAACCAACGUCUGAGAGUGGACAAUACCUUCAGUUAUUUGGUCCAAACAUUCAUCCGUGUCACUGUGUGAUUGCACACAUGAAUGGAAGCGUGACGGUGACACCAACUCGGAAAGAUGCUGAGACUUACAUCAAUAAUCGGCGGAUCUACGAGACGACCCUCCUACAACAUGGGAUGUUGGUACAGUUUGGGGAUCAUCACGUAUUCAGAUUUUGUGACUCCAGAUCUGAUGAGAGACCCUCCAAAGUUUCUCGGUCUCCCGAUCACAGACUGCAAAACAAUCAAAGGGAUUCUCAGAUCAGACAAUACGACCCUGAAAUGGAUGCUGGUACCUACUCUAAACAAAUAGAGGAAAACAUUCCCCGCCAUGAGAGAGCAAGGGAAGAAAUGCUCAGAAAUGCUCCCAACUCCAUUACUCAUAGCCCAGCACGGCAGCCAACACCUUCAGGAAAAAUUGGUGAUGAAGUACUUCCUGCUGCAUUAGAGUUCCGUGAAGAUGCACAAACCCCAUUUCUAUCAGAACUUAUUCCAAAUGUGAAAUGCAAUGCUGUCCAGUUCAAGUUGGCACCAACCUACACCUUGUAUUUAGCCAUACGUUAUCGACUAUCCAAUAUCUAUCGACCAGAAAUAGAACCAGCUGAACGGGCUUUACGGUUGACUAAUUUCAUUAACAAGAUGUCUUCUUUGAUCCAACAAACUAUUAAGGAGAAGAGUGAGGACCCAGCAUCACUUGCAUUUUGGAUGGCAAAUGCAUCAGAAAUCCUAAAUUUCCUCAAACAAGACCAAGAUAUUCGACUAUUCAGUCGCGAAGCACAAGACAUUCUGGCAGAAUCUGUCCAAAUGGCAUUCCAUCAUCUUGUGAACUGUUUACAUUUUGACCUCAGUCACACGAUGCCAGCUUUCGUAAAUGAUGAUGAUUCUGUGGAGGAUGAUGAUUUUAGUGUUCCAGAAACUGGCUAUCGGCAGAAAGCGCAGCCGACACUUGGUGAUGUCCUCCGCACAUUGACGGCUGCCAUGAACCUUCUGCGACGGUGCCGUGUGAAUGCAGCACUCACAAUCCAACUGUUUUCUCAGCUCUUCCACUUUAUCAACAUGUGGCUGUUCAACUUGAUAAUUCAGAAGCCACAGUUCAAUCUCUGCACUCGCCGAUGGGGCAUUAUACUGAAGCGUCGACUUGGUAAAGUGGAAGCAUGGGCCGAGAAGCAAGGACUGGAAUUGGCUGCUGAUUGUCACCUUUGUCGUAUCAUUCAGGCUGCACACUUACUGCAGGCGCCAAAAAACAACAAUGAUGACAUUGCAAACAUCAGUUCUACCUGCUUCAAGCUGAACUCACUCCAAAUCCAAGCCCUCUUACAGAACUACAUCCCAGAGGAUAAUGAGCCUCGCAUCCCUCAAUCACUGAUUGACCGUGUUGUGACUGUUGCCAGGAACAUGGCCGAUGACUUGGCCCAUUCUGACGGCAAUGAAAUUAAACUGGAAGAAGACCGAGAGCUGCAGUUACCAUUUCUGCUACCAGAGGAUGGUUAUUCCUGCGAUAUCAUCCGAGGUGUACCAAAUGGCUUACCUGAUUUCCUUGAAGCGUUUAUCAGGAAUGGGGUUUGCCGUUUCACACCUCAACCCAGUUCUAAAGGUCUGUGGACUGUAUAUAUGGUUGGAUUAGACCAGCAAGGACCAAGACUUAAUGAGAUUCAUCAGAAGGAAGGAGGAUUUCCAGCACAUGUGCCACACCCAGAUGAAUUGCCACCAGAACCUGAAAUAAUUGAAGUUGUGUUUGAGAAAGUGAAAGGCAGUAUAGGACUAAGUAUUGUAGCUGCUAAGAUUACUAUAGUGGACAGCCAUGGUCGUACGAUUACUAUAGUGGACAGCCAUGGUCGUGUGGGUGAUGGCCAGAUGUCACGAGGAAUCUACAUCAAGUCAGUUGUGCCUGGUGGAGCAGCUGCUUUGGAUGGUCGGUUGCAGGCUGGUGACCAGUUACUGGAAGUAGAUGGUCGAAGUUUAGUGGGUUUAAGCCAAGAGAAAGCUGCUAAUUUGAUGACAAAAACUGGCCAUGUGGUUCGGUUGAAAGUAUCGAAACAAGGAGCAAUUUACCAUGGUCUAGCAACUCUGCUCAGUCAACCAUCACCAGUCAUCCCAAGAGCUAACAGUCCCAAGAGGAAUGGUCCACCUGGUCCACCUAAUGCCUACCCAAAUAAGGGUCGCCACAGAAGCGAGGAAAAUCUGAAUGUAAAUGGUAUGCCUAAUGAUAUGGCUCGACAAACUCCCCUUCAUCAAGGUCCAUCUCGUGAUUUCCGUGAUAUGCCUCGACAGGGGACUCCUCUGCAACAAGGCCCACCUCCAGAAAUGGCACGUCAUGGACCACCUCAUCAAGGGCCACCUCAUCAAGGACCACCUCAUCAAGGACCACCUCAUCAAGGGCCUCCUCAUCAAGGGCCACCUCAUCAAGGGCCACCUCAUCAAGGGCCACCUCAUCAAGGGCCUCCUCAUCAAGGGCCUCCUCAUCAAGGGCCUCCUCAUCAAGGGCCUCCUCAUCAAGGACCACUUUAUGAAAUGGCUCACUCAGGUAUGCCAGUCCAAGGUUCCUCUCGUGAAAUGCCUCGCCAGGGUAUGCCUCAUGACAUGGUCCGACCUGGCCCUCCACGCCAAGGCUCUCCUCAAACUAGUUCUCCUCGAGAAAUGUCUCGCCAAGGGCCACCACAGCCAGGUUCUCCCCGUAACCCGAACCAAGGUUCACCACAGUACCAAGGCCCUCCACGGGAUAUGAUUCGUCACCAGGGACCACCUCCACCUGGAUAUAAAAAGGAAUUUCGUGAUGGUCCACCUAGAAUUCAAGCACAUGAUGUGAGGCCACAAUAUUAUACCCUUGCACCACAGUCUUCUCCUUCCAUAAACAGUGAAGGAUCUGCUUCUGAUCCCCGCAACCAGAAAAACAAUCCCAACUACCAGAGCCGUACUUUACCUCAAGGUGAAGUGAUGAAGCCACCCCCAGGGAGUAUGCAACACCUACGUGACCCCAACAUGUCUAAUCAACAAGACUCUCCGAGUAACCUCCGGAACCCAGCUGCAAAUGGCCCCAUGAGAGUGAAUCAGGGUUCUCCACACCGGCAGCAACAGCACCACCUAGGGCAGCCCUUCAUGAACGGUGGUAACAGACCAGGUUUUGAACAACGAAAUGCUUCUCCUAACAAUCAAAUUCCUCCAACAGAUCCUCGCUACCCUGGACCCCUCGCUAGAAGUCCAGAUAUAAGCAAGCAGCAAGAUCCACCAGGGAAAGCUAUGGACAAUCGGAACAUCGACCCAUAUCAAAGAAUUCCAGAAAAUGCCAGACAAGGAAGCAUCAACAAACAGCAGGACCCUCUGCGAUAUUCUCGAGCUGGCCCCACAGAAAUGGUCAGACAUGUCCAAAGCAUACCUGAUCGAGGGGCUGCUUACACACCAAGUCCUAUUCCACCAUAUCAGCAAAAAGGUACACCACCACUUGCUAAUCAACCUCCUACUUCUGUUCAUUCACCAGUGAAUAAUGCAAUGAAGGAUGAUCGACCAGUUUCAGUUGCAUAUCCUGGCAGUCGUCCUGACCGUCAAGAUUAUUCUGGAAACCAGCUGCGUCCGAGGUCAGACGAGAUAAGUACAGAUAAGGUGCGUGAAUGGCAGAUGAAAUAUGACUUGGACAACAGUCGAAACUACGGCGGCCUUAAUGGCACUGAACAGAAUUUCAAUCGGUUUGGUAAUCUCACGGAAUCACCUGAGCAGAAAGUACAGCCAUCACACUAUGCAAAAAUUCGAGCGGAACCUCCUUCUCAAGAAAUCAGACAAGACAUUCCAAAAGCAUCGGUCAACAACCAAGCUCGCCAACAGCAUUUCUUUGAGAAAACCAAAGAACGUAUGCAAGAACCAGCACCUCCUUUCCACCAGCUGCCAAAGGCAGGAGACCAACAUAUUGUAAAGAAACCAACAGUUCCUCCAAAGAAGGUAGCUCUGAAACCAGUUGAACCAAUUCCAGCAACUGCUGAUAUUGGUCGUGUCAAUGUCCAAGAGAAUCAUGUGUUGCAUCAGAACCUCUAUAAUGCAAGGCUUGGACCUGAAGAACAUCUGUACAUGCCGCCAACAGCAACUGCAAACAGAAUGGCUUAUGUUGAUCACGAAGGUUCCUACUUACCACCACCCCCAGAGAUUCCACCCGAUUUGCCUCCACCCCCUGCACCUGAAGAUCUUCAGGAUAUUCUCCCUCCACCGCCACCUGAUAACAUCAAGUAUAACAACUACCCCCCAGAGAAUGUGCAGUGGAAUCAGUCAAACAGAUACUCUGAAGAAUUCAGUCGAGUUGAUUUCCACGAUAAUCUCAAAGAAGGCCCUACAUACCAACACAUGGUCCCUAACAACAUGAACUCCAACUCCCAUACUCAGUACACCAUCCAGCAGAACAACUACAACCGGGACCCCCAUGCAAACGAGAAGCAGUUUGGCCAUCAAGGCUUCCUUCCAUCCCACACAGGCCCUGAUAACAUUGUCAAGAACAAGAGUGGGCCACCCUUACCACCUCCCCCACAAGAACAACCUCAGCUUUCUUCAAGUGUCCCCUAUUGGGAUGGUGACGAAGAUAUAGACCCUCAUGAUAUAAACAGGCUUAGGGAGCUUGAGAUAAAGAAGCUGACCGAGAUGAAGUAUCGUCAACCACAGGACGAAGACAGACUGAGGAAGCUACAGCUGGAAGAGGAAUUCCAACGCCGUGUCAAAGAAGUUGGUGAUAGAGAUGAUGACGAUGAUGAUGAUGGCUCAGAAGCUGGUUACAGUCAAUACAGAGUUCAGAGUAGAGAAUGGCUGAUUAAUACUAUGCAAGAUGACCUCCAGAAGAUUCUUAACCGGCUUCGACAGAUGGAAGAGGACCAAGCAACUGAAGAAUAUGAAAAAGAAAAAGACAGAAUGAAGUGCCUUCGUCAGAGACUUGAAAUCUUUGAGAAGGAAAAGGCUGAAGAUCAAAUUCGUCAACAGAAACGGCAACAACGGAAACAGUUAGAACAGGAACAACACCUUCAGAAACAAAGGGAAAUGAGAGAAAAACAGAGGAGAGAUAUUGAAGAACAGAGAAAGUUAUAUUUGAUGGAAGAAGAAAUGAUGAAAGAGAGAAAAAUCGAAGAACUUCGUAAGAAAAAAGAAAUGGAAAAAGAACAAAUCCUUGCAACACGGGAAGCUGAAGAAUUCCGUCAGCAAGCUGAACAAAAGCGCUUGGAAGAGAAACAGCUUCAGGAACAAGCUGACAGACAGAUGGGCCGAUACUCAAACAUAUCCAAGUCGAAUAUCAGCUCUAAAAUGUAUUCAAAUAAUACUUAUACAGAACACGGUCCCAAUCUGACAUACCAAACAGCCCCCGAGAAGAACUUCACAGCAGCACCACAACCUCCUGAGAGAGGGUCUUCAUUUGAAACCCUCAACCAAUACCAGCAGCGUAAUUUGAUAAAACCUCUCCCUUCUGAUCAAAUGACCCCUGAUAACAACAAUAUGGGUAAAAGUGUUAGCACGUCUGCUUUGCGAACAAACCAGGAUGUGACUGCUCCGAAAAAAUCAGUUUCCUUCAAUACUCAACUGGAAACCCGGAUCAGUGCUGCCUAUAGUGACGAUGAACGAUCAUCCAACCCUUCUUUCCGUUCUUCUGGUGAGUUUUCCCCAAAUCUCAGCCCCUCUUUCCUUGGAAACAGUGAACCGUCUGAAUUGACGUCAAAAAUGACCAAUGAGGUAUUCACUCAAGACUCUCACCAAUCAACACCACCACCACCUCCAACAGCAAAUUCAGUUGAAGUGCACUAUAGGAUUGCUGAAACCCCUGGUGUGAUUGGUGGACAGGAAAUCUAUCGCGAUCCCCGCACAAGAAUCCAAGCAAAGAAAGCUGCUGGUUCUGCAAAAUCUCCCGGUCCUGAACGGAUGUCAUUUAGGGAUAAAAUGAAAUACUUUGCACAAGAAGCUGGAGAAGGCACUCCGAAGGAGAAAUCGAAAGCAUCUCGUGUACAAAGAGAUAUAGAAUAUGCUAUGAAUGGUCAGUGAACUACUGCAAAUAAAAACUACAAAAAUUGACAAAGAAAUAUUUGGUAAAUAAAGGAGCCAUUUGGCUUGAGGGGUGAGAAUUGGGAGAAGGUUGUGGAGUGAGAUGGGAUAGCAAUUUCUUCCAAAAUUUUGUGUGUGUGUGUGUGUAUGAUUUACACACUUCUCACUCCUUCAUAAAUGGCAUUUAGUUUUUUUUUUUUUCAUUGUAUUUUCUUCCCCUGGGAUAUUAACUGUACAUUAUGCUCCAGAAGUGAGGCAGAAACACUGCUGUUCAUCACCCCCUCCCCCUUUUUUUUUUUGAUAGUCAAAACAGUCAUAUUAUUUUUAUUUUGGCCUUGUGCCUAAUGUUAGAAAUUAUUACUAAUAUUGUUAUACAGGAUAAAUUCUUUAUUUUAAAAAAAAAAAAAGGAAUAAAAAUACAUAGUUGACUAUUUAUUACCGAAAAUAAUGACUGCCGCUGCCACCAAGUUCCUGGAUCUGUCUUUCUGAUGUAAAUAAACAUAAUAAAAAAACAAUAAAAAUGAGGUUAUCUCACUUACCUGCAGCAGUAAAUAUCAAUAAAAUAUAUUUUAAAAAGAAA